UGGAGGACGGAAUGGUCUUCUAGAACUUCUUCGGCGUGCAGGACAGCGAAGCAAAGCUCCCGUGUCCUCGGGAGCGCCCCGUGCUGAGGAGGGCCGUCGUGGUCCCCGUUGCCGCUGGCCUGCACAGCUUCCUUGGGAAGGCUUUGGAACUCGGCGAUGGAGCCGGCGAGCGCUGCGGGUCUGGAUGGCGAAGGUGGAGGAGGAGGUGUUCUUUCUUACCUGGAAAGACUCGAGAUGCAAGCAAGCCUGUCCCAUGAGAAGUCGGGCAAGCUGCAGAGGACUCAGACAGAGGCAAAUGCUCUCAGAAGCAAGAUCCAGAAACUGAGGCAGCUACGCAAUGAGCUGAAGGCUGAGGUGACACGGCGGCAGGCCCUGGUCCAAGCAGCCACUGCCAGCCUAGAACCUGACCAGACAGUGGGGAUGAGUGAGCAGGAGGUCUUGGAAAGAAGAUGGGAAAAUGCAAAAGCCAUUCUGCAGGCGUAUCGCUUCACAGGACUCAGGGGACAGCUGACGAGCCGCGGAGUCUGCAUCCACAUCGACACGGCAUUCGAGGAUCAUCUGCUGGAUUCCUACUUCGUGGACCUUGUCCUGCAGAAGCCACUGCGUAUCCGUCACCACUCGGUGCCAGCCUUCAUUCCCCUGGAAAAGAUGGCCGCUCAACACCUGCAGACCGACAUCCAGCGCUUUCUCUUUGCUCUCUGCCAACACCUUAAUGCCUAUGCUGGGAGGAAGUACCAGGCUGAUCGGCUGCAGGAUGACUUUGCAGCCCUUCUCACCGGGCCCCUGCAGAGAAACUCACUGUGCAAUGUGCUGUCAUUUACUUACAAAGUGGACUCGGGGGCUCAGUGUGUCCCCUUUUCUGCUAGAUUGCUCUACAGGGACCUCACGGGCACGCUCCCCACGGAUGUCACCAUUGCAUGUCUAGGGACGGAAGGCUUACCCAGCUCAUGGGAACGACGGCGAGCAGCGCACAGGACGCUCUUCUCCAUGAAGCCCCUCCACCAGGUUUUUGCUUCCUUUGCAAGAGGAGAGAAGCUGGACCUGAGCCUCACCUCCUGAAAUGCCGCUUCCAUUGGGAGCCCGUGGGAGGAAGUGAGUGAGGACGACAGCGUCCCAGGCAAAGCUCAGCUGAUGAGAAGAAACACCACGUGUUCUUCGGGGUGGUGAGGCCCAGCUGGGAGCAUGUGUGCAGUUCCCCCUCACUGCCCGUCACUUGGUAUUCACAGUACUGAGCUGAGAGCCAGAAAGGCUUGUGGGCCAGCGAAGGCAGCUGCUUGGACUGAAGAGCAUUUCCUUCUUUCAUGUCCGUGAAGCACUCCCACCUCCCUUUGCUGAGAACGCACAGCGGGUAGUGUGCUGUUCCCUGCGGCGCUUCAGGAACGCGGGGAAGAGCGUGAGUUCUGCCUGGGAGCUCAGCCAGUCUCUCCCCUGCCGCCGGGGCACCUUGUGGCCCUCUGCCCAGGGCUGUGUGAGACUUCAGUCUAACGCAGUCGUGCAGAGGGACAGGGUGGGGACAGAGGACAGAGCUGACAGACUUCCACAUGCUCAUGUUCAAGUGGAAUAAAGCUUUUAAUAAAACAGUCUUGUUAUUUAUCAA